GAAUCGGACACCAUUAGCUAGCUGUCUGUUUCCAAGGGCAUGAAAGCCGUCAGGGUUUUUUCUUUAAGGUUCUUUUGCGUUUACGUUGCUUAAGGCACAGCGUUAGCAUAAUGUCAUCCAGCGGUUGUUUCAUGUACUUCGCUUAUGGCAGUAAUUUACUGAAAGAGAGACUGCAGCUGAAAAACCCAUCAGCUGUGUUUCACUGCGUCGGCAGAAUCCAGGACUACAGGCUGAAUUUCGGUCUUUCGGGCGACCGCACUAACUGCGCUUGGCACGGUGGGGUGGCCACCAUACAGGAGAGUGAAGGAGACGAGGUUUGGGGAGUCGUGUGGAGGAUAGAUAACCAAAACCUGCCCAGUUUAGACAGACAAGAACAGGUUCAUGAAGGUGUGUACAGCCCAAUAGAGAUCAAAGUAGAAAUAAAAGAGGAGGUGCUUCUCUGCCGGACAUACAAGAUGAACAAUCUCAGACCCUGUCCACCUUCACCACAGUACAAAAAGGUUGUGUGUUUAGGGGCUCAACAGAGCGGCUUGCCUCAAAACUACAUACAGAAGCUUCUGGCACUGGAGACAAACAACUACAGCGGCACUUCAAUAUUAGAUCAGAUUACAGACAUCCAGAAAUGACCUGCAGGAAAUUAACUAUUCUUUAUAUAUAUAUAUAUAUAUAUAUAUAUAUAUAUAUAUAUAUAUAUAUAUAUAUAUAUAUACUCAGACUUUAACCCAAUGCUAGGCGCAUGUUGGGUUGAAAUCUAUUGUAGUAAGAACUGAACAGAAGACACACUGAUUCUCAUAAACAGAUUGUAAUAAUAUUAUAUAAAACGUGGUACCAGUAGAAAUGUCAUUUCUGAAGAAGAAACCAAAGACUGGAAUACCAAAUACUGGAUCAUUCUGUAAAGUUGCAAAAACACAAGUGUGUGUUCUGGUCACUAUGAAUUCUGUGUCUGUUGAUUCUGUUGAAUGUGAUUGAAUGUCUGAUUGAA